AGCAUCUUGACACCUGCUAACAUACUAUAUAAUUUAUUUACAGUAUUUUAUUUCUUUUUUUCUCUAGAGUGUAAGAUCCAUGUUGGCAUGGAUAGUUGUCUAUUUUUUUCACUGCCGUAUUUUCAUCACUUAGUAUCUAGCACAGAGUAGGAGCUUAAUAAAUAUAAAUUGAAUGAGAAGAUGAAAAAUAAACCAAAUAGAACUGUGAAGGGAAGGAAAAAACGGGAAACCCAGUGUUAGUCGCAGUUAAUUGCCUCAUACUAAUUUACAUUUGGUGACAUAAUUAGCUGUUGGGGAAGGAAUAAGAGGGUCCUGUUUCCACAGCUCUCCUGAGACCCCCAUAAAUGUCACCACACACCAUGGCUUGGUGGCAGAUGGUCAUCCAGGGCAGAUGGGUACUAGCUGAGGCACAGUCACUAUGUGUUUAGCCAGGUAUCUGGAAACAAGCCAUCCAUGCUUCUUUUAAAGGUGAAGUGAACUCAGGGCCUCAGAGCUCAUUGAUUGAGAGAAGAAAGGAAUCAUGCUCAGGGGAUUUAUUAAGAUCCUGUUUUCUGGACCAGCAUUUCUAGGGAGAGAUCACUUCAGCAGGGGAGAAAUUUCCCUUUAAGUAGAGCCACUGAAUGGAGGGUCAAAGCCUUUGUCAUCUCAUAGAGAGGAAGAAAAGCCACUCCCAAGGACAGGUCCCUCUCUCACUAUGACCCCUAGGGACACUGCAGGCUCUCCACUGGGUCCUCUUCCCACAUCUUUUCACUUGGGUUUUUCCUUUAUUCCACUUUUCAUCUAGAGCCCAGUGGGAGUGGAAGCUUUUUAAAAAGUCUGAGCAUUGACCUUUUCCUGACAACUUCUUCAUAGCUAGAAAAAUUCCCUCAUAGGGUGACAGAAUCAGAGAGGCAGCUCAACCUAAUUCCUCACACAAAAGAGGAGACAGGCAGCUUCUUGUUCUCAGAAGUGUGGACUAUUCAGACUAAGCUGUCUAUAUCCCCCAGCGCAUUCCUAGUGAGGACCUGCAAAGCCAGAAGAAUGGAAGGGGCCCUGACUUGAUGAUCUCUGACACCUUCCCCUGGCUACUCUCCCCAGCACUGGUAGAAAAGCCACCUUCUUUACUCACCAAUUUCUGUUUACACAUCUUGGUCCCCCAGUCAAACUACAUAGUCUUCAGUGAAAUCUAGCAGCCAUAUCCCUUGCGCAUCUGAGGAGAAAAUGGAACAAGGAAGCAGAGAGAGGUCCAGAAUCAUUGAGCUAAUGGAACUCCCUUCACAUUGAAGAAAACAACAGGAGUAGGGAAGAAAUAUUCUCUGUUAAUAAUAUGUGAUCAGCACGUAUUUUACGGGUUAAUUCAUGAAUGAAAUAAUAUAGUAUGAUAUGAUAAACUGUGUAACUAACUCCUGAUAGCCAAAUGCUAUAACAUUGUAGCACCAGAAGGUCCCCAGUAACCACAUGAGAACUCCCUCACAUAGAUUUUGUGUAAUUCCAGAUAACCAAAGAAACCACAGAAUGGAGCUCUGGAAUUCUACCUUGGGAAGUGGCUUCAUCUUGAUGAGCAUUCUGAAUGAUAGUGGGUCUCCUGAACUGCUCUGUGCUACAAUUGCAGUCCUAUACAUGUUAGCACUGACCAGCAAUGGCCUCCUGCUCCUGGUUAUCACAGCAGAUGUCCGGCUCCACAUUCCCAUGUACUUUCUGCUCAGCCAGCUUUCUCUCAUGGACCUUCUGUUUGCAUCUGUAGUUACUCCCAAAAUACUUGUGGAUUAUCUGCGUGGGGAGAACACCAUCUCUUUUGGGGGCUGUGCUUUUCAGAUGUUUAUGGAACUUACACUUGGUGGUGCAGAGGACCUUCUAUUGGCCUUCAUGGCCUAUGACAGGUAUGUGGCCAUUUGCCAUCCUCUGAACUACACGGUCCUCAUGAGGCCAAGGGUCUGCUGGCUCAUGGUAGCUACAUCCUGGAUCACGGCGUCCAUGAAUGCUCUGAUACACACAUCAUACACCAUGCAGUUCCCUUUCUGCAGGUCCCGGGAAAUCAGCCACCUGCUCUGCGAGAUCCCACCUCUCCUGAAGUUGGCCUGUGCCGAUACCUCAAGAUAUAAGCUCAUGGUGUAUAUGAUGGGUGUAAUGUUUCUCGUGCCUCCCCUUGCUGCUAUUCUUGCUUCCUAUACAUUUGUCCUAGUUGCUGUCCUCCACAUGUCCUCAGGUGAGGGAAGGCAAAAAGCUCUUGUCACAUGCUCUUCUCAUCUGACCGUGGUAGGAAUGUACUAUGGAGCUGUCAUGUUUAUGUACAUCCUUCCCAGUUUCUAUCACAGUCCCCAACAGGACAACACCCUCUCUGUAUUUUAUGCUAUCAUUACUCCAACCCUGAACCCUCUUAUCUAUAGUCUGAGAAACAAGGAGGUGAUGGGGGCCCUCCAUAGGGUACUGGGGAGAUGUAUCUUUGUCCACAGACUACAGCUAUCUAACUUCUAGAUAAGACCAUAUAUCUUGGCCUUGAGCUAUCUCCUUCCACAUUUUCAAAAAUUCUAGAAAUCUACCAUACUAGGGAAGGCCCUAGUUUGGUCUUUGAGGCAUGACUUUGUUUCUAUCAGUUUUAUGUUUGUACAGCUGAAGAAACAUUCAUUUCUCUGAUCCACAUUCCAGGAUCUGGUUGAAAUUCCCUUUUAUUCUGAUAAAAAUUAUAUUAUUUUUUACUUCAUCUUUUCUUUUCCACCCCGACAACAGUCUUAACCCCAAUCACACAGGAUGUCAGCCAGAUUUUUUGGUAGUUCCAUUUAAAGCAAAAAGAGAGAAAGUAGACACUGUUGAACAAAGAUACAAAUGUUAGAUUUUACUAGUUCAUAGGGGCACAAUUUGUCAAUUUCUAGUGGGUGGUGUAGUGGUUAAGUGCUACAGCUGCUAACCAAGAGGUUGCAGUUCAAAUCCGCCAGGCUGCUCCUUGGAAACUGUACUGGGCAGUUCUACUCAGUCCAAUAGGUCGCUGUGAGUCAGAAUUGACUCGACGGCAGUGGGUUGUUUUUUUUUUUUUUAUUAGUGCGAAUGUAUAGUCAUGUAAUAUUAGAUUCUUUGCUCUGGACAGAUAUACCUAGGUCUACAGGUUUCUCCUCCCUCUUUGUUUUUAUUAUAUAUUUUUUAAAGAAAUAAAAAAUAGAAUCUCCUAAAAUCUAGAUUUUGCUCAUUACAUUCUUGUAGUGUUGUUUUACAGUGGCGUCACUAGGGGGCUGCAGACGGCACCUCUUGACACUGUCAGAGGGGCUGACACCAAAAUGACUCCAGGGUCUGCCGCUGACCAGGGCCAAGACAGCACCGCCACGUGCCAUGGAAGGGGUUGCCAAGGCAGUGGUGCCACUAGGUUUGGUGUUACCCAUCACCCAGUGCAGUAACUCGUCACCUUCCCACCCCAGCCUGUGAGGGUGUGAGCCCCUGGGUUGUGGUAAAGGGCAUCGGGGAGAAAGGACUGGUCUCCUUGGCCAAUGGGAGAGGAGAGGACUUGCAGGGAGCCUGGGGUGCAGGGCCCAGAGGGUGGCGGGCUGCAUGGGGCCUGGCCACUCUGCCCACCAGGUUGGGGAUUCACCACCUGGCCCUAUCCACUCUCCCACCCUGGGUGGGGUGGGGGCGAUGACACCAUAAAUUACCACACUGGGUGACACCAACCCUAGUGAUGCCACUUUUGUUUGACUUGUACUUCUGUCUCCUCUCUUGCCUGCAAAUUGACAAUGACAGCCAGAGGCUUGAUCAGAUUGCAGUUUUAUGUUUUGCAAGACUAAUUCAUAGAUGGUAUUGCAUGUACUUCCAUCAAGCAGCACAUGAUAUCUGGCUAUCUCUUUCUUUGUGGUGUCACCCUAGAUCCAUUACAUAAUUGGGAGUUGCAAACUGAUGAAAUUCUAAUUCCAUUAUUCCUUCUUUAUGUAUUAGUUGGAAUACUUAUAUAAAGAGAAAUUUCCCUUCAUUAGUUAUUGGUUAUCUUGAUGUACAGUUCUUUUAGAAAAACAAGAUAAAUGCUUGGUUCUUACCAUUUAUCCAUUUUCAAAAUAAUGAAUUGGUUUCCUAGCAUCAUCCAAAGUUGACUAGUGAGAUUUUUUUCUUUUAAAAAUAUCAUUAUAAACCCACAUCUGAUAUAUUUCAACCCAUUACAGUUGCCCUUCAUAUCAUUAUUCUUAUUAUCCCAACUUGGACCAGUGGGAGCCUCUUCAGCUUUACUCCUAAAUCAUUCUGAUGUAACCCUGGUAGUUAUAUUUAUGUUGAUAACUGUUUUGCUCUCUGGUAUGACAAGAUGUUCAGGAUCACUUUAUAUAUCUCCUGCCUCACACAUUGAUCAGCCAUUUGGAAGGAGCCCCUGUUUCUGUUUAGAGAGAAAUGCUAUGUAGAGACAACAAUCUGGCCUUUAAUGAUGCUAAAAUUGCUCAGUGUUUCUAGGCCUUUUUGGAGGACAUACUAAAGGGCAUCAUGAGUUCACACUGAUACUUCUGAUUCAGUGGGUCACUUAACUUCAUGAUCUUCUUUUUCCCAUACAAAUAUUCCUGUUACUGAUUCCAGCAACAUAGCACUCGGUUGUUUUUGUCUUAAAAUACGUAUGUCUAAGAAUAAAAAUGCCAGUACUGUCAUGAUGUCAUGAUUACUGGGAAGAGGUUUAGAUUUUUUUUUUCCUUUGGGUAUAUCCCAUUGAAGAGGUACAUAUGUAUUUCUGUGUUUGAAAGUCAAAGCUACUUGAAGUAGUUUCUCCCUCAUCUGAUUAUGCCACCAACUGGAUAUAGAGCUAGAUUAAUUAAUUUCAUUUUUCUUUCAAAAUUUUGGGCUUGCUUUUUUAAAGUUAAAUUUUGUUUUAUAAUUAUUUAAAUAUAUUCUUGAUUAAAAAUUCAAUUUAUGAAGCAAAACCCAAUAAAGAAGUCUACCUGUUAUCCCUGUUUUCUCCAUCCUAUUUACUUUCGCUUCCUCUACUUCAUUUCCAGUAUACUGUAUAUGUAUACUGUUUGUAUUAUAACUAUUCAUUGAAAUUUCAUGAGGUUGUGUUUGUGAGUUAACACGUGGCCGAUAUUUGUGAAUUUUGUAUGUGCAUUUGGAGUAAUUUUUUUAUUAUUACUAUGGUAGCUUACAGUUUGAGAUAUAUUUAUGUAUAUGUGUGUGUGCGUAUAUAUAUAUGUAUAUAAUCUACCAUAUUGAUUAUACGUUUAGGCCUACUUUACUCUUAAUAAUUUUUUGUCCAUUUGAUCAAACUUGAAUUGGGAAAGGUGUAUUAAAAUUUUUUCUUUUACGAGUUUCUGGCUAUUUAUUGCUCCUCCUGUAAAGUCUGCUUUGUAAAGUUGUUGUUGCAUUAUUGGCUUCAUAAAUAUUAAUUCUUGUAGCCUUUAAAUUGUAAAGCUAUAAGCAGGACAAAUAUUAUCUCCAUUUCACAGGACUACAGACUGCUAAGUGGUACAAGAGGUUAGAGAAUCUUAAGACAAGACCAAGAUUAGAGACCCAGCUUACUUCAGUUCUGUUUAGUUUAGACAAGACACUUAAUCUCUGUGACUUUCAGUUUAUAUUUCUACAAUAUGGAAGCAGUAUAAUAGUUACUAUAAUUCUGUCCCAUCUGUUCAG